GAUUCAAGUGGUAACUUCAAUGAUAGGUGUAAUUUUACGGUUACUGUUGAAGACAAAGAACUACCCGUUCCUAGUUGUCCAUCACUAGUUACUGGUGUGACUGAUGAUCGAAAACCAAAUGGCACAGUAAACUACAAUAUUACCAUCAUGGACAAUGUUCAGGUUGCUAUGUUUUCAACCAACUCUACAGACAUCAACCCUGCUACAAUGACAAUUGAUGCAGCUUACGCUGUGGUUGAGACUACUGGGGUAUUGCCAAUCGGACAAACUGUAAUUGAAUACAUCUUCGCCGACAAUGCUACGCCUACAUCAAAUGAAGCAACAUGCUAUAUUACAAUACAAAUUGAAGAUAAUGAGAGUCCCGUUAUAAAUUGUCCAAAAAAUGUCACUUCAAACAACUACAUUGCUGAAUAUUUUGGUGUGAUAAAUGUUAACACAGAUGAAGGAAGUCCAAAUGCCACU